AUCACAUAAUUUGGAAUACAAUUCGCUCUCGUGUCGAAAGUUCUUCAGAACGAGUGUCCCAGUGAACGGAAACGCACAGCUUGAACAUGGCUUCAAUGAACCAAGCUGCAGGCCGUCUUGCGGUGCUGUCCCGGCAGCUGGCUGGGGCUCCAGAGGAUGAGGCGGUGGCCCGGAACGACACAAGCGCGGAGGAAGAGCAGCGUCCAGCGCCCGGUGGUGGCCGCGGGACCUUGACUGUUGUAGAUAAUCGCUCAGGGAAGAAGUACACGCUGGAAAUCUCGGAUGGCGGCACUUUGAAUGCCCAAGCCCUUAAGCAAAUCAAGGCUGGCGGUGACGGCGUUGGCCUGCGGACCUAUGACCCUGGGUACACCAACACGGCUGCUGUUAUUUCCCGGAUUUCCUUCAUUGAUGGCGAUAAGGGCAUCCUGCGCUACCGUGGUUACCCGAUUGAGGAGCUUGCAGCUAAGUCCAACAUGAUGGAGGUCGCCUACUUGGUUCUUUAUGGAAAUCUUCCGACGCAAUCGCAGCUGGCCACUUUCCGAGAGGCUGUCAUGCGCCACUCUGCUCUUCCUACAGAGGUCGAGGCCGUCGUUGCCGCCAUGCCUCACGAUGCGCAUCCGAUGGGCGUUCUCAUGACAGGCAUCUGUGCGUUAUCCACGAUGCAUCCAGAGGCGAACCCCGCUCUCGCUGGCGGCGGCAUCUACAAGUCCAGGGAGGUCCAAGAUAAGCAGAUUGUACGGCUAUUGGGCAAGGUCCCCACGCUGGCGGCGUUGGCCUACCAUAAGAGCACGGGACGCAAAGCUGCACCGCCAAACCAGCGACUGGACUAUGCCGAGAACUUCUUGUACAUGUUGGAUGGCGGGUACAACCCGUCGUACAGGCCCAACCCCAAGCUGGCCCGUGCGCUGGACAUUAUGUUCAUCCUGCACGCCGAGCACGAAAUGAACUGCUCGACUGCAGCAGUGCGCCACUUGGCGUCAUCCGGUGUGGACGUGUACACGGCGGUGGCGGGUGCGGUGGGGGCGCUGUACGGCCCCCUGCACGGAGGCGCCAACGAGGCAGUCCUGCGUAUGUUGGCCCGCAUUGGCACGGUGGACGCCAUUCCGGCCUUCAUCGCGGGGGUGAAGAGUAAGAAGGAGAAGCUUUUUGGCUUUGGUCACCGCGUGUAUCGCAACUUCGACCCGCGAGCCAUCAUCAUUAAGGAGGUGGCGGAGAAGGAGGUGUUCCCGCUGGUCGGUGUGGAUCCACUGAUCGAGGUGGCCAAGGCGUUGCAGGACGCCGCUCUUUCGGACGAGUACUUUGUGAGUCGCAAGUUGUACCCCAACGUGGACUUCUAUUCCGGGUUGGUGUAUCGAGCGUUGGGCUUCCCGCCGCAGUUCUUCACCGUCCUCUUCGCCAUCCCGCGCAUUGUGGGCUACUGCGCCCAUUGGCGUGAGUCUCUGGUGGAUCCGGACACGAAGAUCAUCCGGCCCCAGCAGGACUACAAGGGUGUCUGGCUGCGACACUACAAGGACACGGCGGCGCGCACCGCGGAGGGUGAGUGGCCGGGCGUUGGUCGUGGUGUAGAUGUAGAUAUAUUGCAGGAUGUGAAAAGUGUUGGUCAAUAA